GCGCCUGAGUUCAAUCCCUGGCCCCCACCCCUAAAGGAAAAAAAAAAAGAUGCUCAUCAGAAAUGGCCUUCAAUUAACUGGCUUAAUCCUGGUUAGGCCAUGAAGAGCUUGUCACAGAGGACGCACCUGUGGCCCCUAUUGGCCGUGAGCUCCUGGGGCAAGGCCCUCUCCCUGUGGGUCUAGCUGAAGGUGGGGAGGAAAAUAAUGGGGGCUUCUCUUCCCCUCAGUCCUGAGGUCCCCGUGCAGGCAGGAGGCCCUGGGGGGCUGUCAGGGCUGGAAGGGGAUGGUGAGGGGCUUGGGAGGGAGACAGGCCCCAGGUCUUCAGGGCACCUCCCAGCCAUGGAUGCUGACCCUUAGCCCACCUGCAGCCUCGUCUUUUCUAGAAAGCCCCUCCUCCAGCCCUGGGCAGCUACAAUCACUCUAUGAGCAGCGUCAACCCCCAGCUGCUGCGAGCUGGAGAACCAGGGAGUCUGGCCAAGGCCUGCCUUCUGAGCAGCCCCUGAGGGCCCUGGCUGGGAGGGCGCUCUCCUCUGCUUUGGGGCAGGAAUUUCUCCACUGCCCCUGCGGGGCCAGGUGGGCAUUCCCCCAGGUGGGCCCCCUUUGUCCUCAAAGGCUGCCACUUGCCGCCUCCCCCAUAUAAGUCCUCCCCUGCUCCAGUGGCAGAGCAGCCAGUGGGGGCUGCUGGAGAGGUCUGCGCGUACCUGACUGCGGGAGCUUCCACCAUGACCGGGCGUUUCUAUGGCAUCUUGCUGCUGAUGGCUGCAGCCACCCUGGGGCUGGGUCAGGGGCCGUUCCCCAAGCUCAGCCUCCCAGGCCUGUGGCACAGCUAUGACUGUGGGAUCCGGGGCAUGCAGCUGCGUGUCGUUCCAAGGCCAGGCCAGACAAUCCGCUUCAAGGUGCUGGACGAAUUUGGGAACCGGUUUGAGGUGAAUAACUGCUCCGUCUGCUACCACUGGGUCACCUCCACGCCCCAGGAGCUGGCCGUCUUCUCGGCCGACUACAGAGGCUGCCACGUGCUGGAGAAGGACGGGCGGUUCCACCUGAGGGUCUUCAUGGAAGCUGUGCUGCCAGAUGGUCACGUGGAUAUCACCCAGGAGGCCACUCUGAUCUGCCCUAAACCUGACCGCACCUGGACUCCGGAUUCCAGCCUGGUGGCGCCCACCACACCCUCACCUUCCACCCCUCAUCUGCUUCCCCUCCGCCCCAUCUCCAGCCACCCCUCGCCUGGCUCUGGCUAUGCCUUGCCCACCUCAUCGUACCUAGAACACGGUUUCGUCCAUCUGACUGCUGCUCCGCUGUCUUUUGGACCAGGGCCUACCGGCCCCACCCUGGCGCGGCCUCAGCGGGGCACCACGGACCACUGGGAAGUGGACGAGCCUGACUACAUUGGUGCCCACCUGCCGCAGGAGCAGUGCCAGGUGGUCUCUGGGCACAUCCCCUGCGUGGUGAGAAACAGCUCCAGGGAAGCCUGUCAUCAGGCUGGCUGCUGCUAUGACGACACCAGGGAAGUGCCCUGUUACUAUGGCAACUCAGCCACCGUCCAGUGUUUCAGAAGUGGCUACUUCAUCCUGGUCAUUUCUCAAGAAACGGCCUUGGCACGCAGGAUCACGCUGGCCAACAUCCACCUGGCUUAUGCCCCUGCCAGCUGCCCCCCAACCCAGGAGACGAGUGCUUUCGUGGUCUUCCGAGUUCCGCUCACACACUGCGGCACCACGGUCCAGGCAGUUGGCGAUCAGCUCAUCUACGAGAACCAGCUGGUGUCUGACCUUGACAUCCAGAAGGGACCCCAGGGUUCCAUCACUCGGGACAGCACUUUCCGGCUUCACGUCCGCUGUCUCUUCAACGCUGGUGACUUCCUACCCAUCCAGGCAUCCAUCGCCCCGCCCCCGUCGCCUGCCCCCGUGACUCAGUCGGGCCCCCUGCGGCUGGAGCUGCGAAUUGCCAAGGACGAGACCUUCAGCUCCUACUACGGGGAGGGUGACUACCCCCUGGUGAGGCUGCUCCGAGAACCAGUCCACGUGGAGGUCCGUCUUGUGCAGAGGACUGACCCUGGUCUGGUCCUGGUGCUGCACCAGUGCUGGGCCACUCCUAGUGCCAACCCCUUCCAGCAGCCCCAGUGGCCCAUCCUGUCAGACGGGUGUCCUUUCGAGGGUGACAGCUACAGAACCCAAAUGGUAUCCUUGGACCAGGCAGAGCUGCCCUUCCGGUCUCACUACCAGCGCUUCACGGUCGCCACCUUUGCUCUCCUGGACUUUAGCUCCCAGAGAGCCCUCAGGGGCCCGGUCUACUUCUUCUGCAGCGCCUCUGCCUGCUACCCCUCGAGGCUGCAGCCAUGCACCCCCACGUGUGCCUUGGGGACUGCAAGACAGCGACGAUCCUCGGGUUUCCACAACAGCACCACCAGGCCCGUGGACAUCGUGAGCUCCCCAGGACCCAUUGGCUUCCGGGACUCUUAUGGAUGGAGGACCACAGCAGGCUCCAGCAGGCACUCCAACCCAAGGCCACUCCUCUGGGUCCUCCUCUGCUGCUGGCUGCUGCCCUGGUUUUGCAGGCUGCUGGGUCUGUGGGCCUGAGGGGGGCCUGGGCUCAGUCUGAGAGGCACCCAAUAAACCAUUGUUUCAAACCUA